ACACUCAGACUGGGGAGGAGGGAGCUGCGGGCAGGGCCUCCCUCUGGGCUGGUGCAGUUCUCCUCGAUGGGGAGAGAGUGAAUCCCACAGCCGUCUCUGAGAAGACCCCACUUGAGAAGUGGGGAUCCAGAGAUCAGGUCCUCAGAUACAGAAUGGACCUCCUGAUAAGAUGGUAUCGGCAGGAGGCCCACACCUGCAGAGUGCAGUGAUCGACUGGGUAUAUAAGGGGAGUUUCAAGACAUCUCCCGGACGGGGCCAAACACUGCCACUAUGAAGUUCCAAAGGAAAAGAGACAUGAAGGAGCAGAUUGAUGAGCUGCAGGCAAUCAUUAACCUCCAAGAGCAAGCGAAGAAGCUCUUUACACAAGGGACUGAGGAGACGGUAUGCAAGAACAAGGACCUCCUUGGCUUUCUGCGUGGCAACGUGCGCGAGGGGAUGCACGAGGUCAACCUGGCCAUGAAGUAUGACCACGUCACAAUCAACAGGGCCUGCCGAGAACGGAAACAAGUUAAAAUAGCUUUGUCUGACUACACUGUGGAGCAAGCCCGAGAGACCAUGAGAAACUAUGUCUUCGAUCGGAUGAAUGUCCACAACAUCUUGCUGUAUGAAGUGAAGUGUCGAGGGAAACUCCUGGAAGAUCUGCAGCUGCGCUUGCAGCAGCUAAUAGACUUGGAGACGGCCAGUCCCGAGGCCCGGGCACAGCUGCAGAUGAUCCGUCAGCUGGAGAAUAACAUUGAGAAGAUGCAAGUGAAGAUUAUGACAGCAGAGAAGACCCACAUUCUGUACCUGAAGAUGCUGGAUGUGCUGAGAGAUGAACUCUCUCACCUCCCUCUCAUCCUGGAUGACCUAGAGCACAUGGUGGAGGUCUAUCAGGUGGAACUGAAAGGCAUGCACCUGAUGGCCAAGGACACGAUGGAAGCUAUGGAAGCCGCCAAGGAAGACAUGAUUAACACAGAAAUCGAGUUAGUGGCGGAGAAGAAGUUCAGGGAUAAUUCACUGAGCAUCCAGAAGAAACAGAUUGAAAGGAUCCGCACAAAGGAUGCCAGCGAUAGACACCGGAGGAUGCAAGCCCGGCGUGACGUGAACAUGGACUUUCCCACCCUGAUGGGCCGUGACGGACUGAAAGGUGCAAAGCUGGAGGCCUCCAAAGCCCAGAUUGAGUAUCAGAGUCUUGUGACCAUGGAGGUGGACAAGAUCAAGUGCGCAGUCCAGUGUUCCCAUCUCUGGGAUAUUGCUGGGAGGUUCAUGGCCCAGAAAAAGUCUGAGGAGAACUUGCAGCAGCAGAUUGCGGAAUGUGAGAAAAAGCGGAGGGAGCUGAAGGGCCAGUUGAAGGAGCUGGAGCUGGAGCAGGCCGAGCUGAAAUUCCACCAGACCCCAAGCUCCAUCAGCUCCAGGAAGUUGGAGGAGGAGCUGAGGACGGUUCUGGAAGAAGAGGAGGAGCGGCUCAAGAAGGUCCAGGCCCAGGUGUGCCAGAACCAGGAACUUCUGCUCCAUUUUGAAAAUGGAGUCGACAACCUCAUCAUGAGGCUGUGUGGCAUCGCCAGGCCAGGCCAGGAGGAGUUCCGCGGGGAGAUAGGGGACAUGUUCGACAAGCUGCAGUUCUGUGAAACGAAGCUGUUGUAUUUGGUCAAAGCGACAGCCCAGUUGCCGAUUUACGACUUCAGCCAAGAAGAGUACAACGAGACUUUUAUACAGGUCAGGAAUCUCCUAGAGGAAAGUACCAGAGAUGAACCGCAGAACCUGAGAAUCACAUAUGAGGACGAUGAAGAAGAUGUCAGAGAGGCAUUCAACUUUGCAGACAUUGACCACAGCUAUGUGCCCAACCGAGAGGAGAUCAAGAAGCACGGCUUGAAACUCAUCGAGGACAAGACAAAGGUUACCAAGAAAAAGCAGAGAGUCUCCUCCAAAAAAUGAGCCUUCCCAGAUCCUACCCUAAGUUAUGUCCCCUCUCCCAAAAUCAAAUUAAUAAAUUUGUUUUGUUUCUUUGG